GGGGUGGGGAGUGUGGUGGAGAAAUGGGGAACAAUACAAGUGAGCAACUUCAGGAAGUCAUUGUGAAAGAAAGCUGGGAAGAGCUCCCUGGCCAAGUUAGCCGGGCGCUCUAACAAGUGCUUGCGCGGCCCGCGCCCCGGGCGGCGACUGUGGCGACAGCCUCUCGGUGGCCCCGGAGCGCUGCCAGCCCGGGCAGGACGCUCGGCCGCGGCGAAGCGGGAGACCCAGGCGAGCCCAGCGGGCAGAGGGAGCCCGGGCUCCGAGGUAGUUCUUCGCCCCUGAGGAUCAUUCUUGGCCCCCAAAGCGCGACGCACAAAUCCACAUAACCUGAGGACAAUGGAUGCUGAUGAUGGUCAAGACAUGUCCCAAGUUUCAGGGAAGGAAAGCCCCCCUGUAAGUGACACUCCAGAUGAUGGCGAUGAGCCCAUGCCUGUCCCUGAAGACCUUUCUACCACCUCUGGCGGACAGCAGAAUUCCAAGAGUGAGCGAGGAGUGGUUGCAUAUGGGGCCGAUGGCUUUAGGGAUUUUCAUACACUAAUUCCCAAAUCUUUCUCUCCCAGUAAUGUAAAAGUAGAGACUCAGAGUGAUGAAGAGAAUGGGCGUGCCUGUGAAAUGAAUGGGGAAGAAUGUGCGGAGGAUUUACGAAUGCUUGAUGCCUCAGGAGAGAAAAUGAAUGGCUCCCACAGGGACCAAGGCAGCUCGGCUUUGGCAGGAGUUGGAGGCAUUCGACUUCCUAACGGAAAACUAAAGUGUGAUAUCUGUGGGAUCAUUUGCAUCGGGCCCAAUGUGCUCAUGGUGCACAAAAGAAGCCACACGGGAGAGCGGCCUUUCCAGUGCAGCCAGUGUGGGGCCUCCUUCACCCAGAAGGGCAACCUGCUGCGGCACAUCAAGCUGCACUCCGGGGAGAAGCCCUUCAAGUGCCACCUCUGCAACUACGCCUGCCGCCGCAGGGACGCCCUCACGGGCCACCUCAGGACGCACUCCGUUGGUAAACCUCACAAAUGUGGAUAUUGUGGCCGAAGCUAUAAACAGCGAAGCUCUUUAGAGGAACAUAAAGAGCGUUGCCACAACUACUUGCAAAGCAUGGGCCUCCCGGGCACGCUGUACCCAGUCAUUAAAGAAGAAACUAAUCACAGUGACAUGGCAGAAGACCUGUGCAAGAUAGGCGGAUCUGAGAGAUCCCUCGUGCUGGACAGACUAGCAAGUAACGUCGCCAAACGUAAGAGCUCUAUGCCUCAGAAAUUUCUUGGGGACAAGUGCUUGUCAGACAUGCCCUACGACGGCAGCGCCAGCUACGAGAAGGAGAACGAGAUGAUGACUUCCCACGUGAUGGACCAGGCCAUCAACAACGCCAUCAACUACCUGGGGGCCGAGUCCCUGCGCCCGCUGGUGCAGACGCCCCCGGGCGGCUCAGAGGUGGUGCCGGUCAUCAGCCCCAUGUACCAGCUGCACAAGGCCCCUGCGGAGGGCGCGGCGCGCGCCAACCACGCGGCCCAGGACAGCGCCGUGGAGAACCUGCUGCUGCUCUCCAAGGCCAAGUCGGUGUCCUCGGAGCGCGAGGCCUCGCCGAGCAACAGCUGCCAAGACUCGACGGACACCGAGAGCAACACGGAGGAGCAACGCGGUGGCCUCAUCUACCUGACCAACCACAUCGCGCCGCACGCGCGCAACGGGCUGUCGCUGAAGGAGGAGCAGCGCGCCUACGACGUGCUGCGCGCCGCCUCCGAGAACUCGCAGGACGCCUUCCGCGUGCUCAGCACCAGCGGCGAGCAGAUCAAGGUGUACAAGUGCGAACACUGCCGCGUGCUCUUCCUCGACCACGUCAUGUACACCAUCCACAUGGGCUGCCACGGCUUCCGGGAUCCUUUCGAGUGCAACAUGUGCGGCUACCACAGCCAGGACCGCUACGAGUUCUCAUCGCACAUCACGCGGGGCGAGCACCGCUUCCACCUGAGCUAAGCCGGCGGCCACAGCUGCGCCCCGAAGCGCAGGGACUGCUGCUCUGGCUCGCCCCCACGCACCCCAUCUGCAGGACGGGCGGACCAGAGCCUGUGUGUUUAGAAUUUUUUAAGCUUAUUGCUUGGGGUUGGGAUUGCUUUUGGAAAACAAGGUUGUUGUUGAGCGAGGCAGGGCUGCUUCGGGAGCACCGAGAGCCGCUUUAUGGGUAUACGAGUUUCUGUAGAGGCUAGCUGCCAUUCCCCCACCUGUUGCUUCCUAGAACCCCAUUCUCCGAACAAUGAGUCCAAAUUUUUCAUAGAAUCUAUAAAACAGGCCAAAGGCUGGGAAGGAGCGAAAGCCCCUGUGCUAAGCACGGGUUCGUGGCAGUCUUUCCCAAGUCCCCGGAUGCAGUGGUCAGGCCCCUGAGCUGUGGUCAUCUUAACCAGCUCUGCAGUGAGCAGACGGCCAGAGCUGUGGCUGCCCAAAAGUACCCAGUCCGUGCAUCUAAGGCCCAAGGCUGCACUGUUUUAAGGCAAUUAUUAAGUCGCAUUCUCCACAAGAAAAUUAAUUAAAACAGUCCGUGUGUUGGGCUGCCCUGUGCAGGGGACGAAAGAAGAGGCUGGAGAACCUUCUAGACUCCUCCUAGAUUUCCAAGAUUCUGAGAUGUUGUCCAGAUAUCUGAGGCCGAGCCCCUGAGAUUUGCUGCCAGGUGGAUAAACUUACCACGGGUACGCCUGGAAAGCCUUCAUCUUUUGUUUUUUCAUGGCGUGCCUUUAAUGGCCCCAAAAGUCUAUCACUACAUUUUAAACACCAGUCCCAAAAUUUAUACCUUAAUUUUUUUCGAACCCUCCAAUCGUCAAAUUCCUUAGAAACCAAAGCUGUAUUCCGAAUCCCACAGUCCUCCCUCUGGUUUUCUGUUCCUUUCCUAGCUGUCUCUUCCUAAGACCAGAGUCAGUUUUCCUGCAAAAGCCCAACCCUAGCCUUUAUUUUUCAUUAAGUCUGUAUUCCAUUUGUAGCUUCAGGUCCAGAUUUCUUACUGUUGGUCAAUUUUUUUCCCUACCCGCAUUGUAUAUUACUCUUGUUUUGAAGCCAUGAAAGAAUGCUGUGGAAUGACCACUAAUUUGCAGAUCAGUGAUAUAUAUGAGACCUACUCUCCCUGUUGCCAGCUCACAGAACUCACCUGUGUGAAGUUAAACCCUCAAACAUUCUAAAAUGCUCUACCAAAAAGACAAGGCAGCCUGUGCGCCCACACAGGAGUAGGAUAUGUGGUUCUGCCGCCUUCAUGGCCCAUAGGGGCCAGGCACACAGUCAGUCCACAUGCCUGGACACUACUGCCCACCAGUUCUCACGGGAGGGAGGCAGCCAUGCUGGAAGUGAGAACCUGCCCAGCCAUGCUAAGAUGCCCAUGCCUCUGUAAGGUCUAGGUCGGAUGUUUGGAGCUUUGAAUCCCGACCAGGAAGGCUCUCCCUCAAGAGUAAUCAUGUCAUCCAGCUGUGUAGGCAGAGAAGCGCUACAGUUUCAAAUGCCUUCAAUAUUUGUCUUUACCAAAACUGUCCCAAGGUGCCCAUGAACAGACAGGAGAAAAUGUACACAAAAGCCUCAGCAGGUUUUUUUGGUUUUUGUUUGUUUCUUUCUUUCUCUUUUUUGGAGAGGUUUUUUGCUACAGGGCACAUGCGCUCGCCAGAAAGACAGAG